AUUUGAUCUCAGCCGUUCCUUUAUCGGAGAAGCCUUAUAUAUUGACUCUCAGCUGCAUCCGAGUUACAAAUUUUAGGGUUCUGAACCUGUGCAGUUUACAUUGCGGAUCUCAGACGCAACUGCAAUCCAAGCAACAAUGUCACACCGAAAGUUUGAGCACCCAAGACAUGGAUCUUUGGGAUUUCUUCCAAGAAAAAGGGCAUCUCGGCACAGAGGAAAAGUGAAGGCCUUCCCCAAAGAUGAUCCCACAAAACCUUGCAGAUUGACUGCUUUUCUUGGAUACAAGGCUGGGAUGACACAUAUUGUUCGCGAAGUCGAAAAACCUGGAUCAAAACUCCACAAAAAAGAGACAUGUGAAGCUGUAACCAUUAUUGAAACACCACCAAUCAUUGUUGUUGGGGUUGUGGGGUAUGUUAAGACACCACGUGGGCUCCGUUGCUUGAAUACUGUUUGGGCUCAACAUUUAAGUGAGGAAGUCAAGAGGAGGUUCUACAAAAAUUGGUGCAAGUCGAAGAAGAAGGCUUUCACCAAGUAUUCAAAGAAGCUUGAUACUGAAGAAGGAAAGAAGGACAUUCAAGCUCAGCUGGAGAAAAUGAAGAAGUAUUGCACUGUAAUUCGGGUGUUGGCUCAUACACAGAUUCGUAAGAUGAAAGGACUUAAGCAAAAGAAGGCCCACUUGAUGGAGAUUCAAGUCAAUGGUGGAGAUGUUGCCAAGAAGGUUGACUAUGCAUAUAGCUUUUUUGAGAAGCAGAUACCCAUUGAUGCUGUUUUCCAGAAAGAUGAGAUGAUUGACAUUAUUGGAGUGACCAAGGGUAAAGGAUAUGAAGGUGUAGUGACCCGUUGGGGUGUCACCCGCCUUCCACGUAAGACCCAUCGUGGGCUUCGCAAGGUUGCCUGUAUUGGUGCUUGGCAUCCCGCCAGGGUUUCAUUCACUGUUGCCAGGGCUGGGCAAAAUGGUUACCACCAUAGGACAGAGAUGAACAAGAAAAUUUACAAACUUGGCAAAGCUGGUCAGGAAUCUCAUUCUGCCAUGACUGAGUUUGACAGGACCGAGAAAGACAUUACACCAAUGGGAGGGUUUCCUCACUAUGGGGUGGUGAAAGAUGACUAUCUUUUGAUAAAAGGCUGUUGUGUCGGGCCGAAAAAGCGUGUCGUCACACUGAGGCAGUCACUGUUGAACCAGACUUCUAGGGUUGCGUUGGAGGAGAUCAAACUUAAGUUCAUCGAUACAUCCUCUAAAUUUGGUCAUGGACGCUUCCAGACAACUCAGGAGAAGGCCAAGUUCUUUGGCAGGCUCAAGGCUUGAGCUUAAAAGAACACUGGGGGGAACUGUUUCCGUUUUUCUAUUUAAUAUUUGCUAAUCUUGAAAAUUUUGGAAGAAUCUUUGAAGCAUUAGUGUUUUCUGUCACAUUUUGUUUCGAGAUUACCCCAACUUUGAGAAUUUUGAAAAUUGGCCACUGUUCUAUUAUA